AUGGCCGAGCCGGGAAAUCCGGACGUCGUACAAACACAAUGGUCGAUUGACAACACACUCUUCAAGACAGCCGGCUUCUUUUGGGGCCUGUUUCGUGCGUCGCAGCAAGAGGACUUGCAAAGCUCGGCGGUCCUCGCUCUCGAAGCACUCGGGUCGAGUAUCAUUGUUCACCCUGACAGGAUCAGUGACGGAAUGCAAGCUUUGUCGAGCAGAGGCCAAAAUGAGAGACUAGGUAGCUUUCUGGUCAACAUUGGAGUCAGCUCAGGAGGAAUCUCUCAGUUUAUCCGAAAGCACGCACCCUGUUAUGUCACUUCCUUCCUUUUGGCAACAAGCCUCAAGGCGUUCCUGACCGACGCAGAGAUCGAUGAUGUAUUCUACGACAUGCUUGUCCACCAGGGUCUCACCAAAAUCCCGGAGCUACGAUGUUCUCGAAGUCAACUCACAAAUGCCAUUGGGGCUACCGCCGGUUACAGCGAUCAACUUAUUCCUGUCGAUAUCGUCGAUUCAGUGGUAAUCAUACUGCGGAACUCGGGUUUGCAUGUUCAAGAUAUGAGAAGGGCUUUUGGAACACCAAACUCAAAGGAGCUUGCGCGUAUCUUCUCUCUGGUCUUCGGGUCAAUUCAGGAUGAGGAGGUUGAGUUUGUCACGUUGGAAGGGUCAUCGAAUUGCACCAUCAUUGCCUCAGCCUUUCUUUGGAUCAAUGGGGAUGAUGUGCAACUUACCGUGGGCGAUCGGACUGUCAUAGCAGUGGCACAACCAAAGAUACUCAUCAAUAUCCCGACAGGCGGUGAGAGAGGGAAUGCUUGGGCGGUACAAGAGUGGAGGGAAGGGAAAGCCCUUUCGAAUUUGAUUGUAACGGGUGUCGCAAGUUCGGAUAAGCCCAUCGCAACGAGCGCUAACCACGCAAAAGCCGCAAAACAAGUCAUCAGCGCCCAGUAUGGCCUCAGCGAUGAGAAGAUGGCGUACGUAGGCCAGCUCGCCACAGCUCUUGUGUUGGUAGCGGUGGAGAGAGGUAUAAUCUAUGUCAACUGGGGGUUCCCGGGUUCAGCUCCAAUGGAAUGCAAACUUGGAGAUCUGUCAGGAUUGUUACCUUUCCAAUGUAAUGGAAUGCAUGGAGUGUUACGGAUGGACGGGCGACGAAACAUGCGGCGCCGAACAGCUUGCAGACUACAUCAAAACAUGGACCGAAACCGGAUUUCCGGGACUUGA